AUGACGUUUGCGGGCGUCGUGGGUGCGCUGGAGGUGGCCCUGGAUCAGUCGGUGCGACGCGCGAGUGGGGGAUUGCGUCAGGCGUGCUCGCGCGAGUCGACGGAAUCGAAACCGUAUGGCAUCGCCGCGACGUGCUUGCGACAGUUGGAGGCCGUGGUUGAGGCGUUAGCGAAUAGUAAUGGCGACGACGUCGUCGCGCGCGAUCGCGCGGCGGCGGAAGUCAGCGCGUGGGCGCUCGUGAGUGAGUUGUUCGCCGAGGACAAGCUCGGGGCGUCUCGAGGCACCGCGGCGGAGGUGCACCGAAGACGCGCCGGCGUGAGCGCUUGGUUGCGAGAACAAGUCGCGCGCGCUGCGCCUUGCGAGGAAGAGCUGUUCGGUAGACGUGCGGCGUUAACGCACGUCGCCGGUGGUCGAACCGUGAGCGCUGCACGCGCUGCGGCAGCGCACGGAGAUCCGCGUUUGGCGACGUGUUUGGCGCAAAUCGGCGCCGGCAAAAACGUGGCGUUCUACGCCAAGCAACAGCUCACGCGCUGGCGCGCGGGGUCGGUGGGCAAGUACAUCGACGAGUUCAGCGAGCAAGCAUUCAAGCUUCUCGCCGGUGAGGUCGAGCGCGACGAUGACGGGAUGGGUUGGUAUCAAAACUUAGGCUUACACAUGUGGCUCGCCGCCGGACCGACGUCGCCGCUGCGCGACGUGGUGAAGAACUACCUCGACGCCGUCGCGCAACAGCGCGCGGCGAACCCGCUGCCGCCGGUUGCGACUUACGAAGCACUCGACGCGAACCAAGCGACACACUUGCGCGACGUGGCGUUCAACAUUCUCGCCCUCGCCGCGUCCACCGAGGACGAAGGCGGGUCGCCGAGCACGGCGGAGGUGCGCGUGGCGUUUCACCCGCUCACGUACUCGGAUGACGUCUUGAACGCGUCGCUUGCUUGGCACCUAUUCGGCGUCUUAAACGCGAUCGGUGUGCUAGAGGGCGAGGGCAUGGACGCGUUGGCGGACGAAAUCACCGUCGCCUUCGCGACGCAGCUUCUUGGUAUGCCUGAGCGAGGACGGUGCGAGUGGGCCGUCUUCGUCUCGCAACACUUGAGAGACGACACGCGGCGGACGAAAAUGACGGGGCACAUCUUGCGUGAGCGUUUCGAGGAGUGGAAAUGCGAUGAUGGAAAGAUAGCGUUCAUCAAGGACGUGUGCGCGGUACCGCAGGAAUCGCUCGACGACGCGCACGCGCUGUGGGACGUGUAUUCGACGCCUCGGCCGUGA